AUGACAACCAACCCACCACAGAAGACAAUCGUAAUCAUCGGUGGCGGCAUAAUCGGCUCCACAACAGCCUACUAUCUAACCCGCCAUGCCGCCUACAAUCCAGCACUACACAAAAUCCACCUGAUCGAAGCAACUGCGAUCGCAAGUGGCGCGUCAGGCAAAGCGGGCGGACUACUCGCCCUGUGGGCUUACCCAUCAUGUCUAGUCCCCUUGAGUUUCAAAUUGCACGCCGAGCUCGCGCGAGAACACGGCGGCGCCGAGCGCUGGGGAUAUCGCGGCGUGGGCGUUGGGUCGAUUGACCUGGUGGGGCGAAAGGUCGAUGGAGAGGGGAAAGGUGGGAGUGUGAAUGGUGGGAAGGGUCACGGAGAAGAUACCAGAGGCUUGCAUCGCCCCGAUGUCUCAAGUGACGGGAACGUCGACGUGAAUGCACGUGUGAGUCUGCAGAAGCGGAGCAAAGAGUCGUACGCACGGCUACGCAAGGCCGGGCUCCCCGAUGACUUGGACUGGGUUGCCGACGAGACGGUGCGGGCGUACGAGAGUAUGGGGUCGCCAGAGGACACGGCCCAAGUCCAUCCCUACCAGUUCACCACGAGCAUGGUGCAGCUGGCAGAGGAGAAAGGACUGAAUGUGAUCCUCGGAUCUGCCACGGAGAUCAUCGACGAUGCCUGCCACUCCUCCGAAGGAGGAACGCACACGCACACUGUCAAAUACACGGACAAAGCAACGGGCACAGCACGAGAACUAUCCGCAACCGACGUGAUCGUGACCGCCGGGCCAUGGACGUCGACGAUCCUGCCCUCGGCGCCGAUCGGCUCGCUGCGUGCCCACAGCGUGACCAUCAAGCCCACGCGCCCAGUGUCCGCCUACUGCCUAUUCACGUCGAUCUCCCUCCCCAAGAACUUCAAGACCGGCUCGCCCUCCCGCGCCAUGACCGUCACCCCGGAGAUCUACGCGCGCCCGAAAGGCGAGAUCUACGCGUGCGGCGAAGGCGACCACCUCGCCCCGCUGCCGGCUUCGACCGCCGAAGUGGCCGUCGACGACGCCCGCUGUCAGGAUAUCAUCGACUACUGCGCGAGUUUCUCGGAUGAGAUCCGCGACGGCGACGUCACCGUGCGACAGGCAUGUUAUCUGCCGCAGGUCGAGGGGGCGGUGGCGGGCCCAUUGGUGGGGAGGACGAAGCGGGAUGGCGUUUUCCUUGCCGCGGGACAUACUUGUUGGGGUAUUCAGAAUGGUCCUGCGACGGGGAUGCUCAUGAGUGAGUUUGUGUUUGAUGGAGAGGCCAGGUCUGCACGUGUCGCGGGCUUGGAUCCAAAGAGGGCUGGGUGUUGA